CCGCGCAGGCGCAGAGGGCGGAGGCGCCGGAAGCGGCGGCGGGAGCCGAGCGGGGCCGCUGCUCCUGGGCGGUGGGCGGCGGGUGGCGUCCCCUCGCUUUGCCCAACGGCCGAGAGAUCAGCUCGCCAUGAGCUGCCGGCAGCCGCUGCCGAGCGAGCGGGGCUCCAGACAGAGAAAGCGGAGACGGAAUGGAGGGGAAGAUGACAGUCACGUUCCCCAAACAAAACGUAACACUAGGAAUGCUGUCCUUCAGGACUCCUGGGACACUGAGAAGGUGGCUGUAACGAAAAACAGUAAGGAACGCAGACUAAAAGGAAACAAAGUGUCCUGUGCGUCCUCCAGCAGCGACAGCAGCAGCAGCACGAGCAGCAGCGUCCACAGCCCGGACCGAGUGAACGGCGCAGAGAGCAGCCUGAACCCCAUGGCAGCUGGAUCCAGUCCCGUCUCCUCACAGUCCUUCCACGAGCAGUCAGCGCUGAGCCAGGGGCCUUAUUUCUACAUUAACCAGAUCCUGAAGGAAGCACACUUCCACAGCUUACAGAGCCGGGGGAGGCUCCCCACAUGAUGGACCACCAGAUCCCCACCUUCUGUGAAGGGACAGCUCUGUAGAUUUCAUAUUUCAACAUAAAAAAGAAACCAACCCUGAAGUUUGUUAAAUUGAAUUGCACAGAAAGCCUGUUGCCUUGUAAGUCUAUAUUUGAAAUAACAGGUUAACAGGAAAUUGUUUACUUGUGGUUUUGCUGCACUAUUGCAAUGCAAAAAGGGGCUUUGAAGCAAUUUUUAUAGGAUUCUUUUUUUUGGGGGAGGUGUGGUUAUGAAAUGUGUUGGUCAAGAGGAGACUUGAGGAAUCCACAUCUGUGUUUAUAGGAUUGCAAACUUGUCCAGUUCCAAUUGACUGCCUAAUCUGUUUGUUUAGCAAGUUGUUGCUUUAUGUAAAGUUCUCUUUGAAAUCUUCCUCUUCAGUUUUAUAAGUCUUUUUUUUUUUUAAUUUCAAUAAACUAGUAAAAAAUUUCUUUGGCAACAUAAAUUUUUGGAGCAUUUAGAGUUAAUAGACAGUUAAGAAUUAGGUGUUGGUAUUGGAUUCCCUUAUGAUUGCCCCAGCUGUGACCUUUUCACCCAGCUUGGUGUGCCAGGACCUUGGUCUCAUUUGAUCUUUAUUGUUGCAGUGCUGAAAAGAAAAUGUGAAAGGAAAAAAACAAGAAAGCUCAGACAGUUACAGCAUUUAUGGCAGGUGCCUGCUGGGUUCACCAACAGCAGGUUCAUGGUGCCAGUGGAGAAAAGUGGAAAGGGGCUUUUGAAGGAGAUAGGAGCCUUUACCUUGCUCCAGGGCCCACUUCUAGCUGUGAAGUGUUUUCUGUUAGCAUGUAGGGUGUCCUUGGUUGCUUUUCUUGAAUUUGACUUUAAGGUUAAUAACUUAAGGAAUAGGAGGUGAAAGAACAGCUCUACCUCUGCUCCAGCUGCCAGAUGGAGAGGACUGACUGGACCCGGGCCAAGGAGGGAGAAGUAGCCCUCAUCUGACAGCACCAGGAGAGGUGUCAGCACUCCCCCACUAAGAGGAGAGAGCAGUCUUGGUGAGGAUGAGUAUGCAGACAAACUUCUUUAUUGCAUUACUUGGUCAUGCCCGAAAGCCAUCCCAGCUUGAAGAGGGAAGGUGUGGCUGUGUCUUCCUCCUCGGUGACAAGCUGCCUGAACAGAGAGCCAGGGCGUGCUGCCUCCUCUUCUGCUCUUGUGAGUGCAGGAGGUGGAACCUGUUAGUGUGUAAAAGCAGACGCCUCAGGACCUUGCAGCUUACACCAUACCCCAUCUAGAGCAGCUGCAAGGAAGUGUAGGCUACAGCAGAACAGCUCUUUCAGGCAACUCGAGCCUGAACCACCACCCAAGCAGUGUCACUCCUGGGGUCAGUGACAGGCAGAGGCAGGUCCCAGGGGCAGAAGCACAGUGCCUUGCUAUGGAGGCUUUUCUGAUGUCAUUCAAUGCUCAAAAAUACCCCAAAGCAUUUGGAGCUGCAGGCUAUUGUUUGGAGAGCAAAGGGAUAAUAGCACAGUAGAAGUACAGUUGCAGCCCUUGCAGGGGGUUGUUCUGGAGUAAUUAUGGACUUGAACCUCUCCAGAACUUUUAGCAUGAAAGGGGAAGCAAGCAUCUGUCAGGGAUCCUGAGGACUGUGGCGAGCACAGAACACACAUGGGCCACCACACCACUUCCACACUCAAGUGCAGCUGAGGUGCAUGAGGUAAGGAAUACCUUCACUGGGAAGCUUUGGGCUGUUAAACAACCCUUACGCUACAUCUGGUCCUCAAAGCUUCUGAAUAAUGGGAGAACAAGAGCUGCAGGGUAAACUCUCUGCUCUGAUACAAUCAGACCUUUACUCUUCUCUCCCACUUGAAAAGACAUCACCACAGAUGGAUUAUUGGGUUAAUAAGAGCUAAAGGAAAUCAAUUGCUAAUGACCACAUCCUGUAGCAGUGAGGUAUUCCUUAGCUCUCCAUCUAAGUAGACGUUUUAAACUGGGGGGAAAGUAGCAACACAGUAGUUGUCUACUGCUAAAACUCCAACAGGACAACACAGAGCCUUUGCAAGAGAAGCAAGACACUCGCUCACACAGGCUUAAAUACCCAAGCCAGGCCUCCUCGGGUGUUAGGGGUCAGCAUCGCACUGCAAAGGAGUUCAGACAAUUAGCUUGUGUCCUUCAGCGUCUCUUGCAGCCAUCUUCAUGUGAACUGUCUGUUAUGCAUUGACCUCAGAACGCCUCACCUGUGUAAGUCCUCUCUGCAUUUUCAUGGUGGUUGUUGCCUGUGUUUUACCACAGAGCAGUGGGUCCCAAAAUACAAGGACUAGCAAGGGUUGGGGGGUUUUAUUUGAGGGUCCAGGGGAAAUCCCAACCAUCUUGUGCUGUGUUGCCGUAAUGGUUCUCUCAUUUUACACACAAUAAAAAUCAGGUUAAAUAUUCA